AUGAAGCUUUCCGUGCUUUCACUCCUCUCAACCGGCGUGGCUUCGGUCAUAGCCGGAUCGUCUUCCGUCUGCCCCGGCGACAAUUCCCAUGCCACCGGAGCAGACCUGCAAAAGAUAAUCGACUAUAAAAAGGGCGACCACCAGCUCAUGGCCGGCUACUUCCGAUCUUGGAGGGACACGGCCAGCGGCUCCGGCAACAAGGUGUCCAUGCUCGACCUACCGGACUGCCUGGACAUUGCCUUUGUCUUCCCCGAGGGCGACGAGCCUGACUCUUUCUGGACAGCGCUGAACAGCACGUACGCGCCUGCCCUUCGCAAGCGCGGCACCAAGGUCGUUAGGAGUCUGGGAAUCGCGCAGCUCAUCAACACCCAGUGGCCCAACACGCCUGCCGGGUGGCAGGGCCUGGCCGACGCCCUCAUGAAGAAUGUCGACGAGUAUGGCCUGGACGGGCUGGACAUCGACGUUGAGCAGAGCCUCAGCUCUGACCAGCUGAAGCAGGCCACGGGUGUCUUCAACGCCCUCUCGAAGAAGCUGGGUCCCAAGUCCGGCACCGACAAGAUUCUCAUCUUCGACACCAACGGAGACGGCAGCCAGCCCCUCUGGCGCAACGUCUACCCCACGGUCAGCUACGUGCUGAUCCAGUCCUACGGCCGUAGCGUCAGCGGCCUGCAGAGGACAUACGACUCCUUCAAGGCGUACGUAUCGAGCAAGCAGUAUCUCAUCGGCUUCUCGUUUUACGAGGAGAACGGCGCAAACUGGGGAGACACGACCACGCCGAUGACGUCGAGCCGUGCGUGGCAGUAUGCCAAGUGGCAGCCUUCCGGCGCGACCAAGGGCGGCAUCUUCUCGUACGCGAUUGAUCGCGACGGAGUGGCAAUUGGCGACGAUACGAUUCAACCGACCGACUUCACCUGGACGCGUAAACUAAUUGGGGCGAUGAACCCAUAA